AUGUCCGAUCGUCAUCCCUGUACCACGCCGAUCGAUACUCAGGCCAAGCUCUCUGACAUUGGAGGUGAACUCGUCACUGAUGCUACGGAUUACCGGAGUCUUGCAGGUGCUCUUCAGUACCUUACUCUGACGCGUCCGGACCUUUCAUACGCGGUACAGCAGAUAUGUCUUCAUAUGCAUGCUCCCAGACAGCCACAUCUUGCUCUUGUGAAGCGUGUUCUCCGCUACGUUCGUGGAACCUUGGAUCUCGGCCUUCAUCUGUCCGCGUCCUCUUCUACAGCUCUUACCGCCUACUCCGAUGCUGACUGGGCUGGGUGUCCUGACACACGCCGCUCCACAUCGGGAUACUGCGUAUACUAUGGUGAUAGCCUGAUCUCUUGGUCAUCCAAGAGGCGGACCACCGUUUCUCGCUCUAGUGCGAAGCUGAGUACCGAGCCGUGGCACAUGUGGUUGCUUGUGUCUUGUUGGCUCCGCCAGCCUCUUGCAGGAGCUUCAUCGACCUCUCAGUUCUGCGACCGUUGUCUUCUGUGA